CUUCUCCGGAACCCCUCCGUCCUCUAUUUCAAUCGACAUUCCGUCUUCUUCUUUGGGCCUCCCCUCUCCUUCGCAGUCCAAAGCAAAAGCAGGACUCCCACCCAAAGAAAGGAAAAAAACUAAAAGAAGAGAGGAAGAAGGAAAGGAAAGAAAGCCCCUCUCCCUCUUGAACUACUCCGUCCAUCCUAAUUCCCUUUUUUGCGUCUCUGGCCCAUUGGUCGGGUCACUCCCUCUCAGCCACAAAAUGCUUCAAAAAUUCGCACUGGCAUUCAAGACCAAAACCAUCGAGUUCUUCGCCGACGACGAAAAGGAGGAGGACGACGAGGACAAGGCGAGCAUCUCCGCCGCCAUCGACCUCGACCCCGGCCCUGAAGAGAUCAUCACCGGCCAGCGCGUCGUCGUCCUCAAGCCCGACCCUCUCCCCCCUCCCCGCAAGCCCGACCCCGAAACCCUAAUCCUCGCCCUCUUCGCCACCAUCUCCUCCUUCCGCGCCGCCUACCUGCACCUCCAGACCGCCCACUCCCCCCUCCUCCCCGACGCCGUCCGCUUCGCCGACCGCGCCGCGGUCUCCCACCUCCGCCGGCUAUCCGACCUCAAGGACUCCUACUUCCAAAACCCUAACCCUAGCCCCAGGCAGGUUUUCUCCUUCUCCUCCCACUUGCAGGCCCAGGUGCAGGAGAACCAGCACCUCCUCCGCACCUUCGACGCCGUCGUCAACCGCCUCCAGUCCGACAUCGACCGGAAGGACGCCGAGUCCGCCGCCCUGAAGCGGAGCCUCUGGGACAUCGAGGCGGCCAAUUCGAAGCUUGCGAAGCGGCUCGACCGGGCCUGCGCCCCUCCCGAUGGGAAAGUCGAGGCCUUGCUGUCGAUUGGGGUCUUCGACUCGGUGCUCAAGGACACUUGCCGGGUCGUGCACCGGUUCACCCGGUGCCUGGUCGAUCUGAUGAAGAGAUCCGGAUGGAGUUUGGAUUUGGUGGCUAACUCGAUCUACCCCAAUGUGGAUUACGCCAAAGCAGGGCAUUGUCCGUAUGCAAUUCUGUCCUAUAUUUAUCUGGGGAUGUUUAGAGGGUUCGAUUCUGAGGGCUUCAGUCGCGAAGGGAGUGAUGGAAUUGGGUUGGACGGGAUUGAUGUUAAUACUCGGAGAAUGAAUUCUCUUACACAAUUCAUCGAGCAUUCAGCUGUCGAUCCAUUGGAGCUGAUUAGUGGGAGCUCAAGUUGCGAUUUUGCGAAGUUCUGUGAGAGGAAGUACCGGCAACUCAUUCAUCCAGGCAUGGAGUCCACCCUUUGCAGGAAUUCGGACCAUGGGGAAUCCGUAUGGGGCACAUUGUGGCCCUCAAGCCCUCUUUAUGAGCCAUUUGUGAACAUGGCCAGCUCGAUUUGGACACUCCACAAGUUGGCAUGGGCUUAUGAUCCGGUGGUGGAAAUCUUUCAGGUGGCAGGGGGGACUGAGUUCUCAAUGGUUUACAUGGAAAGCAUUGUCCGAGGGGCAGUCACCAUGGGCUCAGACCACGGGAAGAAGUCACGGCCAAAGGUCGGGUUUACUGUGGUUCCGGGAUUUCGGGUUGGGAAGACAGUGAUUCAGAGUAGGGUGUAUCUGAAUGGCUUGAAGGAGGUGGUACAAUUCCAUGUUUAACAUUGUAAAUGGAAAGAUUAGCGAUGUCCUAUUGGUACAGGAGAUAAUAGGAAGGGUAUGAAAAGAUUGUAUUAAUAACAUGAAGGAUUACAGAAUAUAAUAAAAUAUACAUUUCAAUUUUUCA